AUGACGAGUACACAUUUUCAGUUAGCCGUUGUUUCUGCUGACCAGCGUCUACCUUCACAAACUGUUGAUAUCGAUGGUGACUGGACUGCUAUCGAUUUAAAAAGACAUCUCAGCAAAUUUUAUCCAGGCGAGCCCCCUGUCGAUAGUCAGAAACUUAUUUUUGCUGGUCGUAUUCUCUCAGAUGACUCAAACCUGCGGAAUAUUAUUGGCCAAGAGUCAAUAUCAAGAACAGUCCAUCUUGUUCUUUCGCCAUCUGUAGCCAAUCAAGCGAAAGCAGCUGUGGCUGCCCAGGAGCCUUCAUGUCUCACACCUGAACAGAUGGAGCAUUUAAAACAGCAAUAUUUGCUGUAUUUAAGUGAUUAUUACAAAAACAACAACGAUACAAUUUCAAAUGAUCAACAUGAACAGGAAGAAUUUUCCAAUGGGGAUGAUGUUAUUAAUGUUGAAAUUGAUCUGAAUGGGGAUCUUGAAGUACCAGAAAAUGGAUUUCAACGAGUUGCUCGAGCUCUUGGAAUAGGUGGUGGCGCUGUUCAUCAACAAGCGAAUGAUGAAGGUGCAGAGGAGCAGGUUGAUCUCUUUGAUCUCGCUUAUGCUGUCUUUCGUAUCUCCAUUUUGAUUGCCGUCUGCGUUACAUACGCCUCAUGGCAACGAAUCGCCCUUGUCGCCUUUGUUGGUCUUUUCUUUUACUGGCGUAAUGGAGCUCGGCAAAAUGCAAUUCGACGACGUCGAAAUCCACCUGUCGCUGCUCCAACUCCCGUUUCUCCUCCCACACAGCAGAACACGGACACACAGAAUUCCGAGGUCCAUAGUAAUACAACCACAUCCGGGGCCGCUACUGAAGGUGAUGACGUUGGCCAGCUUUCAUCUUCUACAGAAACCCCUCAGCAGGAACAACAAGGGCCUCCAACUCGUAUUCGGCAGAUUGCUCAAGCUCUUAGAGGAGCUGGCGAGACAUCCUAUCGUCUGGUCUACGCCAUUUUUGAUUCUCUGGUGCCUGAAUUACCCGCGCGCAUUGAUUAA